AUGGCCAAACUGUGCCUUCUUGCCCUGGCCUCAUUGGCCCUGGUGGUGGCCCUUAUGCCUUCCAGUGAGGCAACUUCUCACCCAAAGACCGUCUGCUACUACGAGUCCUGGGUCCACUGGAGACACGGCGAUGGACACAUGGAGCCCAAUGAAAUUGACACCACCCUGUGCACGCACAUCGUCUACGCGUACUUUGGCAUUGACGCCUCUACCCACGAGCUGAAGUGGCUAGACCCCUACCUGUCAAAGGAUCUACACGAUCUGGAGAAGUUCGUGAAGGCAAAGGGCUCCGCAAAGGCGCUGAUCGCCAUCGGCGGCGCCUCCAUGUCCGAGCAGUUUGGCGUGACGGCGGGCAGCGACCAGUACCGAGAGGCAAUUGCCCGCUCGGUGGUCAGCUUCUGCGCGCAGUACCAAUUCGACGGCGUGAUGAUCGACUGGUCGGGCAUCGCCGAGAAGGACAGCGACAACCUGAUCAAGCUGCUGGACAAGUUCGACGAGAAGUUCGCCUCCACGCCGUACACGCUGGGCAUCACCCUGCCCGCCUCCACGGUGACCAUCCAGGCGGUGAACGUGCCCAAGGUGACCCAGUACGUCGACUUCAUCAACGUCCUCACCAUCGACUACGCCGGCCCCUGGGCCAAGGUGGUCGGCCACGCGUCGCCCCUGCCCGAGCAGCUGAAGACGCUGGAGGAGUACCACAAGCGCGGGGCGCCCCGCUCCAAGCUGGUCAUGGCAGUGCCGCUGUACGCCCGCACCUGGAAGUUGGCCAGUCCGGCGCACCAGGACAUCGGCGACGCGGCCGUCAGCGGCGGCGCCAAGGGCCCCUACACCGACGUCGAGGGUCUGCUCAGCUACAAUGAGUUGUGUGUCCAAAUCAAGCAGAACCCGGCGGCGUACUCGAUCAUCCGCGACCACGCCAACACCGCCGUGCACGCCGUCCACCUGAGCGGCAGCACCGCCGAGUUUAUCUCCUUCGAGGACUCGAAGACGCUGGCGGAGAAGGCGAAAAACAUCACCACGGAGGGCUACGCCGGCAUCAGCGUCUACACGCUCUCCAAUGAGGACGUGCACGGCACCUGCGGCAAGAAGUACCCCCUGGUGCACGCCAUUGUCGAGAACUACAACAAGGCAGAUGUGCACGAGGUGCCCAUCACCACGCUCUCCCCGCCCGUCACCCACCCCGCCACGCCGCCGCCCACCGUGCCCGGCGUCUUCAAGUGCGACCACGAGGGCAAGUUCCGCGACCACCAGUACUGCUUCAAGUACUACGAGUGCGUCAAGGGCGAGUUCGGCGGCUUCGAGCAGACGGUGAUGAACUGCGAACGACACCAGGCCUUUGAUGAGCACCUGCAGAAGUGCGUCGAGGCGAAGACGGUGCCCGGCUGCGGCAACUGA